AGAGCUAGAGUUAUUCUGACUCAGUGAUUUGACGGAACAAACAUCACUCCGCCAAAUGAGACAGUCAAAGAAGACACGAUGAGAAGGAUAUUCUUGGGACUCGUGCAUCAUCAUUUUCUUCGCCAUCACAACAAAAUUCGUGGUGUUGACAGCAGUGAAGUGAAGAAGGGUUCAGCAUCAGCCCAAUACCGUCUAGCUAGCUAGUGAGGUUGACCUGGAUCGAAAUCCUUCUUUCCUUUUCGGUGGCAAGCAGCUUCAUUCAUUCACUGAGGAUCCGUCGUUCAUCGCACAAUCAGAUCAGACAUUAGACCAGCACAAUGAUGAUCAGCCGCCAAAUAUUCAACUUGCAGAUUGUGGGCUUUUGUUUCAUUUUGGUGUCCACUGGCCUUCCAAGAGCAACCCAAGCCUUCACUACCACUACCACUAUCAGUGCCAGAACCAUCCACAAUCACCCUCAUCAGUGCCUCCAUGAUACCCAUGAUAAGGCUAGACAGCUAUGGUCUGCCGCAACGGAUGACAUUGGCGUGGAAGAGUCUUCCUUGACAAAAACUGGAAAGUUUGAUCUGGAGGCUGCCUUGUUUUGUUCGGGAUUGGCAUUUGACUCCUAUGUCGAACCUCCUUCCAAUUCUUCCAGGUGGGAAAGAGGUUCCAAAGGAAUGGAUGUCGCUUUCGUCUCCAACGCUUUUACACGAAAUCUCUACAAGGGUCUCCUCCAAAUUCAACCCAUUCGGGCCAUUGGAUUGCCCGAUGAAGAUGAUACCAUUGAAGGAAUUGCCACGGGUGGAGGAACCGAUGCCUAUCUCAGCGUUGCUGUCUUGGAAGGAGAUUGGAAGGACGAUGUCUUUAUGCUCGAAAAGGAAAUGUAUCACGAAGGAAUACGAGAUCUCAGUGGAGCUGCACACGUCGGACGAUCUUCCACGGCAUGGUCCAAUGUAGACGAAACAAAAUCCAAACAAACCAAACGCAACACGGGAAAGCAGUCGGCCUAUCAUAUCAAAUCCGGAUGGGGACGAGAUGGACAGGCUGUAUGGUCCGAAGAUGAAGAUCCAUUCUACUUGUAUUUGCAAGAUCCUGCGACCGCUCGGUUGGUAUUUUCCAUUAUGGACGAUGAUUUGAUUGGAGAAGGCAGUGUUGUGGGAUCAGCACAUCGGAGGCUCACGGAACUCAUUCCGGAAGCCAAACUCACGCAACAACAAUUGAUUGAAAAUUUAAAAGGAGAGCUCCUAGCCAAAUUACAAGAAAGCGGUGGAGACUUGUCGCAAUUGGAUCUGAACAAUGAUCUCGCCAAAGUCCAACUCGGAGCGAGAUCGUGGGAAGGAGGAAUCAAAAUGACAUCCAAACCCAAAAAGAAGGAUAAGAAAAGUCAAGUGGCCAUGGGUGUUGCUGCGGGGGCAGCUGUGGCAGGACCCCUCGGAGCGGCGGUGGGAGGUGUCAUGGCCAACAUGUACGAAGGAGAAGUCAAGGGGCGCAUCGAACUCAAAAUGAGUUAUCUGCCACUGCCGCCCACACCAGUCAAACGAGAACGAUACACCGUUUUGGGGGGCAUACCCGGAAUCACGUGGGGAGCCCUCUUUGACAAGUAUGUGGAAACGCAAAAGGCAAAAUUGGCCGCGAUGGAACAAGUAGACGACAACAAUCAGAAUAGUAAUAAUAUUGCGCCACCAGGAUUGCUGCAGGUGGAGGAUUUGGAACAGUGCUUCUUUAUCAAGCAUUCGGUGACCGGUGGAUGCUGUAUUGUGUAUCGAUCCUUGGAAAAGAAACUGAUUGUGGUUUCGUUCCGAGGAACCUGCGAACCCAAGGAUUUGAUCACGGAUGCCAAUUUGAUACAGGAAGCAUGGGUGAAAGGGGAGGAUUUCGAUACACCAGAUGCUUGCAAGGUUCAUCAAGGCAUUCGACAAUCGAUGGAAUCCAUCUCGCGUCGACUCAAAGAGUUGAUUCUGGCCGCACCGGCACCGGGAGAGGAAAUCUCGGAUUACGAUAUGAUUGUCACCGGACACAGUCUUGGGGGGGCACUAUCCACCAUGUUUUCAGCUGAUAUUGGAGAGUACGGAAUUGAUGCCGGACGUGCGCUUCCACAAUUGGCCCCCUCCGAACCAUGGUGGAAGAGUAUUACCAAUACAAUCAUGGGUCAGGAAGCCCGGGAUUCUUCUGGGAAAUCUGGUCCGCCCCGUCCCAAGUCCUUGCGCAUGUACAACUUUGGCAGUCCUCGAGUAGGCAACAACGUGUUUGCAGAUCGAUUCGAUGCUCUCCUCGAGGAUGGGCGCCUGGAUGCGGCGUAUCGCAUUGUCAAUGGAGAUGACAUUGUGACCCGUGUUCCCCGCACAACCUCUCCCUUGGGUGUUCACUAUGAGCAUGUUGGUUCUACUGUCAUGGUAUCCAAAGAAGCCGAAAAGGUGGAAGGUUCCGAUGGGGACGUGGCCCCAGCCGUUUGGGUGGAAGGUGAAAGUGACGCAUCCAAGUGUCCCGUCCGCGAUUUGGACUUUGCACUCAAUAGUCCUCUCGCGGAAGGAACGCUCCUCGGAGACCUUCUCAGUGCCACAACUGCCAAGGAUUCCGAAUCGGAUCAGCCGGACGGUGGUGUUUUUGGCAGGUUCUCGGGCGUCGCCUCGAAAUGGUCGGAACGAGUCAAGACUCUCAAGGCAUCCGAUCUGGCCAGUGUAGUGGGUAUUGAUCGUGACUUUGUCGAACGUGAAUUCAAGAUAGUAGAGAGCUUUGCCCAAGGCCGAGCGCUUGCGAAUCACAUGGAAGACGAUUAUUACACUGCCAUGGGCCGUGCCGUUGGCUUUCGGGUAGCUGUUGGCGAAGAAAUCAUCCCCUUGGAGGAGGAGAGUGCUUAGCGGUCGAGCGAUGAUUGGAGAUGCUUUGCUUGGCUACAGAAUGAAACUUUGUAAAUACAUGUAGUGCUACAGCCUCAUGAAUCAAUUAUGAUAGAACACUGGCUAGUUCCUUUUGUUUGUAUUCCCAUGGCUUUCUAAAGUUGGAAUACGACUGUAUAUCGUGCUCUGGCCUUGGCAUAGUAAACGUAUUAUCUUAGUGCUUGUGACACUGAUCAAGCUACCCAUAUGCGACGGUUGUUUCGUCCAAAUCAAACAGCAACAGUUUGCUUGUUGAUUGUUGUCGAAUGUCAUGCUGAUCCAUUGGUAACCAUUCAAGCCUGGAUCCUUCUUUAUCUUGAUGCUGUUUCCGCAUGGCCUCCAAGUAAUCUUCUCUGCAAGCCCGAUCGGACUGUGCAAAGACCCAUAUUCUGGCAUUCUGAGAUUUGUGCAGGAUUUGACAAGUGACCCGAGCAGCUCCCAAGGCCACUUGUUUGGACUCAAAGACAUCAGAUAACAGAUACAGGUCUGCCUCUGGAAGCCGAUUUUUGUUAUCAUCAAGGACAUCUCCUUGGAUCCAAAUCUGUGGCAACUACAUUUUGGGCCCCCAGCUUGGCAGCAGUCAACGACGGCAGACCAGGGCCACAGCCAAAUUCGCAGACAGUCAUGGACGAAAGAGCUUUUGCUGAGAGCUGCUGCUCCAUCGCAAUGGCAGCCACUCUGGCAGAAGGCCACACUUGGGAUGCCAGAAAGUUUGCAGGUUGGCCGUAGUCCUCGAGAUCCAUGGCAGACGAGACGGCGAAACAAAAUGGCGAUUCUGGAUCGUUUUGUCGAAGUGGUACCUUAUGACACGGGAUGCCCGAAAUUGUUGUGGUUGUUGUAUACCCAAAGCAUACCGGAAAUAGAGAAUGAUGGUGGUGGAAUGUGACUAUUGAGAGGAAGAAUAGAAGCCUUGAAGCAAGGCGUGGUUGUACUCGUAUGAUACAGCCUGUUGGCGUCAGCUUCAACGGCUCAUGCAAGGGAGUUGUCUUGAUUGGAAGCCCAUGUUGUCUUGUAUCCGCAUCCACUACCGGUACCAAUGUACCGGUAUCCACUCCUCCACUGAUGGGUUCUGCUGAAGCCAGAAAGCUAGACCCUCCAGAUCUUCCCACACGGAACACUCUUCUGUGCUGGACCGUCAUUUUCACGUUUCACUCUAACCAACUCAGGAAUGCCACAGAUGGUUGCUAUUUUAAAAUAUCCAAGGAAAGACGAAAGAGAGAAAUACCGUAGCAGCUUCAAAACAGUGUGGGUGAUGGCCGUCUUUGCUGCUGGAACUCUUCGUGCACUCUCCUGACUCCUGACAGCAACUCUUCGCGCAAGAAUCGAUUUCCUGCUUCUAUAGAACCUUUCUCGCGACGGUAAGGAUCUUCAUCCAGCGCAUCAAUUGAUGAAAGCCCAAGCUAGCUAAAUAGACUAGUAUGAUCCUUCGAAGCUGCUAAGGGUCGGCUUCGUUCGGAACCGACGGAUCUUCGGAAUCUUUUCAACGUUCCACGUGUAACCCUAUUCUACACGUGUUCCCGUCCCCCCAUUACAGCAUUGCCUUGCUUGCGUUCUCUUGAUGCCACCAUGCUCGUCCUAGUUUUUA